AUGACGUCAGCUUCCGCUAAGGUGGGCGAGAUCUUCUCGGCGGCCGGCGCGGCUUUCAGCAAACUGGGCGAGCUGACUAUGCAGCUGCACCCGGUGUCGGACAGCAGCCCCGCCGGGGCUAAAUGGACCGAGACGGAGAUUGAGAUGCUGCGCUUGGCCGUGCGACGAUUCGGCGACGACCUCAACAGUAUCAGCGGCGUCAUCAAAGAUCGCACCGUCGCUCAGAUCAAGAGCACCGUGAAGAGGAAGUUGUACGAGGACAGCAGGGUGCCCUUCAAUGCCGACUCGCCCAAGAAGAGCGCCAAGAAAGCCGUCGCCCCCGCGGCGCCGGUCGCCGCCGGCGGGAUGCAGAGCGCUUCCUCGGCGCCGCCCGUCAAAAAGCAGAAGACCGCAGACGUGACGCUGAGCGCGCUCAACGACUCGGACGUCAACAGCGACCUGGUGGACAUGGACGGACUGGGGAAGAAGCUCAACUUUGACCAAGAGAACCUCAACCUGGACCCCAGUCUCAUCAUGAGCCCGGGAGACCUCCCGCUGCUCUCUCGCUGA